GCCCCUUGUUAAAAUAUUUCCAAGGUGGAGGGGAAAUUUUUAAAGAGGGCGCCAUGGCAAAAAAGCCAGCUACAGUUGGCAGAAUUAGGUAGUUCAGUGGGUUUAUAUAUAACAAGUGGUCCUUAUUGUGAUGAAGAAACAUUAAAAAGUGUCACCUUCAUUGAGGUGAGAGCCACUGUUGAUGUAUCCUAGCACUUGCUUGCAAACCUGAGCGUAGGGCAGGAAUGCAGCCUCUGAGAUUAAAAUAUUCAGUAGCACAAAACCAGAAUGUGUUAAUGAGUAAAGUGGAAAUGCCCAGACAUGUAAUUUGCUCCAGCUGGUGCAGCGAGUAUCUGAUAUCCAAGGAUACUGGCCCAGAAUGUGAGAGAGAAGGCAGGGCCUCAGCUGUGACCUCCCCACACUCUUGCCCACCAGCAUAUUCCCUGGUGGGUGAUUCCUGGCACCCCUUGGAGGCCUGUCAGCCUAGCCCCUGCUUAGCCUCUGCUCCUUGGCAAGACAUGCCCACCCCUCUCUGAGGGACAACCACUUCGAGAGUGAGGUUUCAUUUUUUUAUAAGUGCUUGCAUUUUCUCAGCAGUUAUCCAAAGCUUGCUGGAAGGUGAGAGAACCUUUGACUUCAGUUGCAGGUCCCUGGGUCCCUGGGGGGCUGCCACGGGGGAAGCUGUCAGUGGUAGGUAGGGACAGAAAAAAAUAGGCCAUGCAAGCCAAGGCCACACAGGAGGCCAAGGCUGCCUGGAGCCAGGUGGCUGUGGACUGCCAGGUAGCCAGAGGCGGCUGAGGCUAGUGCUGCAGCAGGCUGGGUGGUGCCCUGCUAUCAUGCAGGGAGGUGAGAACUUUAAAAUGCAACCCAAGCUUCUUAUAGAUCUAGUCACAGGGAAGCAGAGGGAAGGAAAAUCGAGUGUAGUUGGGUGGGUUUGUAAUGUCCUCAUCCUUAGGUCUUUGGUGCUCUUGGUCACAAACUGCUUAACCAUAUAGAGGUUUUAUUCUCAUGCAGCAGGAGGCCCUGGGCAAUACCUGUCUCAGCAGUGCCAGGGGCUGCACCAUGCUCUCUCCCAGCUCUCCUCAGGGGCCUCCACAUCACAGGCAGGGGUAGAGGAGGAGCAGUGCUUGCUGCAUAUCUCUGCCCUGCUUUCCCAUCCUCGUGGUAGAGGAAGGCUUGGGAAGAAGGCUGAGCAAGCCCUGUGGAGGGAACUGUUGCCAAGGUUGUGUGAUGUAUGGGGGACAGAGAAGUGGGUCAGGAUCAGGCAUGUAGGUGUCCUGUGUCUUCACAGCACUCAAUGCAUACUCCUGCCGCACCGCAGGUUGAAAGGGCUGAGUUGGGCGCAUAGACCUGAGCCUGUUCCUGAUUCUCUAGCUGUGUGGCCUUGCACAAGCUGCUUGACCUCUGAGCCAGUCUCCUUGUCUGAGGUACAGGGAUUCCACUGACCUCAUUGGGUUGUUGAAGAUUAAUUAAAGAAUGAGCAGGAAUUAUUCCUCGUACACAGAAGAGGCUCAUUUGGUGGUAGCCCUUGGCUCACUGCAGGACUGACUGGAAGACCUUCACAGAUUCCUGGAAGCUGGUGAAUUGCCACCAAUGGCAAUAGGUGUGGGCAGAAACCGAGAGGUUGAAGCCUUGUAACUGGGCUAUGGAUUCACCGUGGGGUAGACUCAGACUGGUUAUGGCUAUGGCCAUACAACUGUGGUUGUGGUCAUGGACAUCAGGGAGACAUCUGACCUCAUCAGGGUGAUGGCACAGUGAGAAUGAAGCCUACGUGUAUUUGGAGAGUCAAGAAGGAAAGCAGAUGUCAGGAAGGCCUCCUGGGGGGAAGGUGUGGAUAAGUGCACUCCUCCAGAAACUUGCAACCCUAGGAAAGGAGAAUUCAGUAUAGGCUAGUGGGGCUGGCCACUUAGGGCUGAGGGACUGGCAAGGGAUGUGGUCAGGUACAAGUUGAUGAGAGAGGCUUGGAGGCAGCUAGAGGAAGCAGAGGGCUCUAGAGUCCUGCUCAGAGAAGCCCACCCCAGUGAAGAGCCAUGAACAGCUUGAGUACCCAGCUCCCCUCUGGGUUCACCCAGAUUAUAUAAUUAGGACUGGCAGUGAACAGGCCUGUGAGGACAUGGACAUUCUAAAAUCAGAAUCUCCCAGGAAGAUGGUCAAACCCCCCCCCCAGGAUUUUCCUCAGAGUCUUGGCUUUGGAGACAUUUCUGAUUCUGAGUUCUGGUCAGAGAGUCAUCUGAGCAGUCCUGGGGUGAGAGUGAUGGGCUCUGUCUUCCAGAGAAACUGUUUGAAUGAGCAGACUGUAGCUCAUAAGACCCUCACCAAGGACAGUGUCCCGGGACAUAAGGAGCUGGGGGCCAGUGGCCUGGAUUGCCAGUCUGAAAAAAGUCAGAGAGAGAGAACAGAAGGGACUCUCCAGAGAUGUGAGGUUUGUGGCAAAGGUUUCAAGUCCACUUCAGAUACGACUCUACAUUGGGAAAUUAAUACUCAGAAGAAACGUAACAGAUGUCACGAAUGCCAAAAAAGAUUACCUGACUGCUUGAGUCCAAGUAACUGCCAUGGAGAAAAGCCGUAUGAAUGUGUGGAGUGUGGGAAGGUCUUCAGGCUAUGCUCACAGCUUAAUCAGCAUCAGAGAAUCCACACUGGAGAGAAGCCAUUUAAAUGCAUUGAGUGUGGAAAAGCCUUCCGCCUGAGCUCAAAACUUAUUCAACAUCAAAGAAUUCAUACUGGAGAGAAGCCAUACAGAUGUGAGGAGUGUGGGAAAGCUUUUGGUCAGAGCUCAAGCCUCAUCCACCAUCAGAGAAUCCAUACAGGAGAGAGGCCCUAUGGUUGUCGUGAGUGUGGGAAAGCUUUCAGUCAGCAGUCACAGCUGGUCAGACACCAGAGAACUCACACUGGAGAGAGGCCCUACUCGUGCAAAGAAUGUGGGAAGGCCUUCAGCCAGAGUUCAACUCUCGCUCAGCAUCAGAGGAUGCACGCUGGGGAGAAAUCUCAAAUCCUCCGAGCCUCAGAUAGCUCAAGCCUUGUUGCACAUCAGAGAAUUCAUGCUGUAGAGAAACCAUUUAAGUGUGAUGAGUGUGGGAAAGCUUUUAGGUGGAUCUCUCGUCUUAGUCAGCAUCAGCUAAUUCACACUGGGGAAAAACCCUAUAAAUGCAACAAGUGUACAAAAGCUUUUGGGUGUAGCUCCCGGCUUAUUCGCCAUCAGAGAACUCACACUGGAGAGAAACCAUUUAAAUGUGAUGAGUGUGGAAAAGGCUUUGUUCAAGGCUCACACCUUAUUCAGCAUCAGCGAAUUCAUACUGGAGAGAAACCUUACGUGUGUAAUGACUGUGGAAAAGCCUUUAGCCAGAGCUCCAGCCUUAUUUACCAUCAGAGAAUUCAUAAGGGAGAGAAGCCCUAUGAAUGCCUCCAGUGUGGAAAAGCUUUCAGUAUGAGCACACAACUUACAAUACACCAAAGGGUGCACACUGGAGAGAGGCCCUACAAAUGUAAUGAAUGUGGGAAAGCCUUCAGCCAAAACUCCACCCUUUUCCAACACCAGAUAAUUCAUGCAGGUGUGAAGCCCUAUGAGUGUAAUGAAUGUGGAAAAGCCUUUAGUCGGAGCUCAUAUCUUAUUGAACACCAGCGUAUACACACUAGAGCCCAGUGGUAUUAUGAAUAUGGGAAUACUCUGGAAGGUUCCAACUUUGUGAGCCGGAAAAAAGUUAAUACUAUAAAGAAACUGCAUCAAUGUGAUGACUGUGAGAAAAUAUUCAGGUGGCGCUCACAUCUAAUUAUACAUCAGAGAAUUCACACUGGAGAGAAGCCUUAUAAAUGUAAUGACUGUGGCAAAGCUUUUAAUCGGAGCUCUAGGCUUACUCAGCAUCAGAAAAUCCACAUGGGAUAGACCAUUUACCUGUAUAAAUGUGAAUAAACCUAUAGCCUUAACUUA